GAAGAAAUAAAUACAACCAUAAAGCAUCCUUCAUAACUUAGGCGUCGAUACAUAUAGGCACGGAAUAUCAAAUAAAAUGACCUAUCGUGCACGCUACGAGAGUUCUGACGACAUCGCUGUCUUCGCAUGCCUAACGAAUGCCUACUGCCUUGUCGACUCCGGUUCUUCUCAGAAUUUUUUCUCCAUCUUUGAGCAGGCCCUUGCGAAGCAUAUCCCUGUCAUCUAUACUUCCAUUGGGGGAUCUCGCAUCAUCGGUCGCUUAGUUAUUGGCAACCGCAAUGGUCUCAUCGUACCAUCCAUGACUACUGAUCAGGAGCUACAACAUCUACGUAACUCUCUUCCCGAUAAUGUCAAGCUUCAACGUGUUGAGGAGCGACUUUCUGCUUUAGGUAACUGCAUCGUUUGUAACGACCACGUAGCUCUUAUUCACACCGAUCUUAGCCGCGAAACGGAGGAAGUUAUUCGGGAUGUUUUAGGGGUGCAGACUUUCCGCACUUCGAUCGCUUCUAACGCACUAGUAGGGACCUACGCGGUAGUUACCAAUAAAGGCUGCCUGGUGCACCCCAAGACGCCGGCGGAGGAUAUGGACGAGAUAUCCUCGCUCCUGCAGGUUCCUGUUGUUGCCGGAACGAUUAAUCGUGGUAAUGCGGCGGUAGGUUCUGGUUUGUUGGUAAACGACUGGGUAGCUUUCUGUGGUCUCACGACGACUGCCACGGAACUGACUGUAGUGGAACGCGUAUUUCAUCUACGCGGCGUCCGACCGGAGAGUGAUCUGCUGCAGAAUGUCCGUAGUGUACUGGUUGAUGAAUUAGCAUAAUAAUAUAGGGUGAAUAAUAAAAAAUAAUAAUAUUAAAUUGUGGAUGCUUCCCUUAAAAAAAAAUUAUAUUGGCGUUUAAAUUUUGAACUACUGUUGUUUUGCUAAUUAAUAGCACCGCGGCAUCUACGUCCAUUGUUUGCCGAUGAGAGGCUAUAUUUCUAUUUUAACCCAACCAUAAUCAUAUAUUCAUUUCUGCGAACGUUUUGCCAAUAAUAAUGACGUUUUGGGUCUUCUAUAUGGAUUGAAAAGGGUGAGAUAUCUACCAUCAUCAAUAAUACAGUAGUGAAUAACACAAUCAUAAUUCAACAAUGAAGUAAAAGAAAACAUGUUACACCUCACCUCAUCCCAUUUCCAGUGACGCUUUUCUGCUUGUCUAAGCCGUGGGUUACCACAAAUUCCUUUCACGAAGAAGCGAUGGGUCAUCGACUGUGUAAUAAAAGCUUGAUAAAACUCAUUACAGUACUAAUGAGUUUAUAAAUAAUAAUAAUAAAUCUAGUACCAAUAU